UCCCAUCGUCACAGCCAUCAAACCAUCAACAGGAACGAGCUUGCUGAGGUAUUCUAGCUGUUCGCGAACUUUCGGUUCGCAGUUUUGCUCUGCGUUCUGUUUUUUCCCAAGCUCUUGCUCGAUUCUCAACGCUUUAAGAUCGACUAUAGCAGUAGAGGGCAUUUGUUAAGAGCAGUAGCAACUUCAUAAGGCCAGCAUGCUGGUGGUGUGGAAGUGCUGCCUUUUGCCCGCUGCUGCCAGGGCAUCUGCCAAGGCUUUUGCACCUGGACCAGCACCAUUGCGAUGGCUUACGAUGACCCAGAAGACUAUGAAUAUGUCAACACGAACACGGUCGGCCCGCUUUCAGGCCGCUACCCCCAAGCGCCGUACCCUUCGCGAGAUAGUCAUGGCCCCCGCUGGUGAUUCAGCAUUCACUGUGGGGAAAGGUGUUCUGGCAGGAGCAUCGGCCUUUGGGCUGGGAGCACUGUGCUACUAUGGACUGGGCAUGUCGAGUGAAGCUGGAGCCUUUGAGAAAUCCAUGGUAUGGCCAGAGUACGUACGGCAGAGGGUGCGUGACACCUACACCUACUUUGGAGGUAGCAUUGUCAUCACGGCAGCUUCUGCAUUGGCAGUGAGCCGCCAUCCAGCCAUGCUCAACUUGGUGAUGCGCAACUCUUGGUUGGCCAUAGGGGCAAGCUUUGCAGCCAUGAUUGGCACAGGCAUGGUGGCCCGCUCGCUGCCCUACAGGGAAGGGCUCGGUGCCAAACAGGCUGCCUGGGCCUUGCACUGUGGUGUCAUGGGUGCCCUCGUGGCCCCCCUCUGCCUCUUGGGUGGGCCCAUAAUGAUGCGUGCUGCGUGCUACACUGCUGGUGUGGUGACGGGCCUGUCCACAGUGGCUGCCUGUGCCCCGAGUGACAAAUUCCUUAACAUGGGUGGGCCCCUCGCCAUCGGUCUGGGAUUUGUGUUCGCCUCCUCUCUUGGCUCAAUGUUCCUGCCCCCCACCACAGCUUUGGGUGCCGGCCUCUACUCACUGAGCAUGUAUGGGGGCUUGGUGCUAUUCGGCGGCUUCCUCCUCUACGACACUCAGCGCAUUGUCAGGAUGGCGGAGACUUACCCCUUGUAUGCUGCACGGCCCUAUGACCCCAUCAAUGCGUCCAUCUCUAUUUACUUGGACACGCUGAACAUCUUCAUCAGGAUUGCCAUGCUGCUGGCUGGUGGUGGCUCACGAAGGAAGUGAAAUGGCAACAUUUGAAAAGUGCGAUGGUUGUACGGUUGCAGCACGCAUGUAGAUGCAAAAUUCUCUGCUCCUGAAAAUGAAGCAAGUUGUGCGAAUACAAAUCCCUCUGCAGCGUCUCCAGUAUAGUCCAAGCAGCAAGUUUAAAUAAAAUUACAAAUAACCAUGUUCAA